UAACCAUGGCUGAAACUCUUGCAAAUGAACUCCUCAAAGUUCUUGUUAAGAAGAUGACCGAUGAAGCCUUCAAGCGAGUUGCUCGUGCUCAUGGCAUUUACAACGAGCUCAAGGAGUUGAAGAAGACACUCUCCAGAAUCCAAGAUCUACUUCAAGAUGCCUCUCAGAAGGAGGUUACCCAUAAAUCUGUCAAAGAAUGGCUGAAUGCUCUCCAACAUUUGGCUUACGAUAUCGACGACGUACUCGACGACGUGGCGACUGAAGCUAUGCAUCGUGAGCUCACCCUGCAGGAACCUGCAGCAUCCACCAGCAUGGUAAGAAAGCUCAUCCCAUCAUGCUGCACAAAUUUCUCACUAACUCAUAGGCUGUCUCCCAAGUUAGAUAGUAUUAACAGAGACUUAGAAAAUCUAGAAAAACGAAAAACGGAUCUAGGUUUGCUUAAGAUAGAUGAAAAGCCAAGAAAUACUAGUAGAAGAAGCGAAACCUCUUUGCCAGAACGCGAUGUUGUCGGAAGAGAAGUUGAGAAACAGCAAUUGCUUAAAAAGUUGUUGGGGGAUGAUGGAUCAUCUCAGGAUAACUUUAGCGUCUUACCUAUAGUUGGUAUGGGUGGGGUUGGAAAAACCACUCUCGCUAGACUUUUGUAUAAUGAUACAAAGGUGCAGGAUCACUUUGAACCCAAGGCAUGGGUUUGUGUUUCAGAUGAUUUUAAUAUUUUUAAGAUAAGCAAUACCAUCUUUCAGUCUGUGACUACUACCAAAAACGAGAAAUUUGAAGAUUUAGAUAAGCUUCAAAUAGCUAUUGCAGAGCAAUUUAAGGGCAAACGAUUUCUACUAGUAGUGCGCCCAUUUCUGUCAUGUGUGGAGUGA